AUGGGACGGGUUAUGCAAAUCGCUGCAUUCUCCCUGGCCGAAGUGAGCUACGCUGUUGGUGGAGAUAUCGGCUACCAAGUUCAAGAAUCAGCCAAGCAAGCACGAUUCCGUGUGCGGGCCAAACAAGAGAAUGUCUCCGGUGUCUUCCUGCCGCAGUUUGAGAGCUACACAGAGGAAGGGAUCAAUGACUUUGGCUUGACCGGUCUCGGAAAGGGUGGUCAACAGGUCCAGCGGUGUCGGGAGACAUAUGCUCGAGCGGUGGAGACAUUAGUGGAACUUGCGAGUCUACAGACUGCGUUUGUGAUCUUAGACGAGGUUAUCAAAGUUGUCAAUCGACGAGUGAAUGCGAUUGAGCACGUCAUUAUUCCUCGAACCGAGAACACUAUAAAAUAUAUCAAUUCGGAACUCGAUGAAUUGGACAGAGAGGAGUUCUACCGAUUGAAGAAGGUUUCAAACAAGAAGCAGCGGGAUAGCGCCGCCGCUGAUGCCGAAAUUGUAGCUGCUAGGGAAAGGGAGGCUGCGGACAAGCGGGCCGCUGAAGUCGAAGCGGUGCCAGAAGCCCCAGACGUUCUGGGGGAGAAUGAAGACGCCGAUGUCAUUUUCUAG